GUUCGAUCGUCGGUAGCAUUUACCUUGGCCACAAUCGGCCAUUGGGAUUGGCCAGAGCAAUGGCCUGACUUAUUCAAUAUCAUUAUGGCGGCUCUCCAAGAUCCGAGUGAAUAUGCUGUCCAAGGUGCGGUUCGGGUUCUCAAGGAGUUUGCUCGAGACUUGACGGACUCUCAAAUUCCUGCGGUCGCCCCUGUGAUCAUUCCGGACAUGUACAGAAUAUUCAUGGAGCAAGAACGAUACACCAUUCGGACACGAACCCGAGCCAUCGAAAUCUUUACCACGAUGGCCAGUAUGAUCUGUGCCAUGGCGGAGGUCAACAAGAGCUUGUCGAAGUCACUUUUAAGUCCAAUUUUACCCACCUUCACCGACGCCUUGAUCGACGGCUUGAGCAUUCCAGAUGAUUCCCAUUUGACCGACGCUGGUCUCAAAACUGAGGUGCUUAAAGCGCUCACUGUUCUUAUCAAGAAUGUGCCUAAAUCGAUGGCCAGUUGGUUGGGGUCCAUUUUGCCGCCCGUUUGGGCCACUUUGACAUCGAGUGCCAGCAAAUACGUGAAGGAGGUCGUCAAUCAAACGGGAGAUGAGGACGAGGUUGUGGACUCGGAUGGCGAGGUCCUGGGCUUUGAAAACCUCGUGUUCGCCAUAUUUGAUUUUGUCCAUGCCCUUAUUGAAACCCCUCGAUAUCGUGUCGCCGUCAAGUCCGGUGCGGCUAAUCUUAUGUUCUACAUUGUCAUUUAUAUGCAAAUGACGGAAGAGCAGUGUGAGAAGUGGAACGGCAAUCCUGAACAAUUUGUGGAGGAAGAGGAUGAAGAUAGCUUCUCAUACUCUGUGAGAAUUUCCUCCCAAGAUCUGCUCCUGGCCAUUUGUGAUGAAUUCGACGAGGAGGCUUGCACCGCAUUGGUCCAAACCAUCGAACGCCAUAUCACAGAGGCCGAGCAAGCCAAACAGCAUGGCAACCCCACUUGGUGGAAAAUCCAUGAGGCCUGCAUGCUCGCCUUAGGAACCGUUCAAGAGAUCCUAUUACGGCAGAUCAAGGAGGGAUCCGUCAAGUUCGACCUGGGCCUCUUUUUAGAGAAGGUCGUCCUCAACGACAUUACCCACUCGAAUUCGCCGUUUCUCUUGGGUCGAUGUCUGUGGAUCGCGAGCAAGUUUUCCGAUCAAAUGCCCAAUCAUACUGUCCAGCCAUUCCUGGAGGCCACGGUGCGAGCCUUGCAAGCGGAUCAGAUCUCGAUUGUGCGGAUUAGUGCGGUCAGGGCGAUUUGGGGCUUUUGUUCCCAUCUGAAGAGUCGAGCGGACCGCCGGAACCUAUUGGUGCCCGUGUUACCCGCGGUCUUGGAUGCCUUGGUCAACAUGUGCACCACUUAUAAUUCAUCUCCGGAGAUCCUGGGUCUGGUAUUGGAAAACAUGACUGUGGUUUUGAGCUGCGACAAGACCUUCACCUCUUCUCAUGAGAACAAAAUAUCUCCGCUCGUCAUCGCCAUCUUUCUUAAAUUCAACAGUGAUCCCGUUCUCACCUCGUUGGUACAAGACAUCUUUAAAGUCCUGUCACAAACCGAGGGGUGUCUAUUACCCCUACAAACUCGUCUCGUGCCGACCUUAGUAUCCAUUUUGAGCCCUAAUAGCGAAGCCAAAACUGUGGCUCCCGGGUUGCAAGCCGUGGCCUUGGACGUUCUCCAGACCUUGGUUCGAGCCUCGAACCCGCCCCUAUCGGAUCUCCUCAUGUCCAACGCAUUUCCCGUGGCCGCUAAUUGUACUCUCCACUCAGAUGAUAACGCCAUAAUGCAGAGUGGUGGCGAAUGUCUCCGAUCAUUUGUGGCGGUGGCGCCCGAGCAGAUUUGUCACUUCCACGACAACGAGGGUAAAUCCGGAUUGUGGUACAUGGUUCAAGUGGCGGGUCACUUGUUGAACCCCGUGGGCAGUGAGUUCACGGCCACCUUCGUGGGACGAUUGGUGACCACUUUGAUCCAAAAGACUGGCGACCAAUUGGGAGAACAUCUGGACUUGCUCCUCAAAGCGGUCUUGUCCAAACUUCAAGGCUCAGAAACGCUCAGUGUGAUACAGAGUCUUUUGAUGGUCUACGCUCAACUGAUUCACUCCCAAUUGGCAGCCGUGCUCAAUUUCCUCUCCUCCGUUCCGGGGCCCACGGGUGAGCCGGCUCUAAAUUUUGUCUUAGCUGAAUGGGUCAGCCGCCAACAUAUCUUCUACGGUGACUACGAGAACAAGGUCACCAUGGUGGCCUUGGCCAAGCUUCUCCAGCAUGGCGUGAACAACAACGACACUCGACUCCAAGGGAUCUUGGUUAAAGGCGACCAGGUUGUGAGCGACAGCAAAGCGCGCACGCGCUCCCAAAAGAAGACCCUGCCCGACGAAUGGACCACGAUCCCCGUGUUGGCCAAGAUCUUGAAACUGAUUGUCAACGAAAUGACCAAUCAUUUGGAUGUGUUGGCCAGUCAGCGCGACGAGGAAGAGGACACCGACGAAGAGGACUGGGAAGACGAGGAAGGGAGUGGUAUGACCACGGGGGCGGGGCCCUCGUCCUCCUCUAAACAGGAGAAAUGUACGGAUUUGUCCAAGCUCUUGGACCCCGAGUUCAACAUCUACGAGGACGAGGACGACGAAGAGGAUCCGGACGCCAAGGCCGAUCCCAUCUAUAGAAUGAAUUUGAAGUCCUAUUUGACCGAGUUUCUCAACGAGUUCUGCCAACAGCCCUACUUCCUCACCCAUUUCGCCCAACAUUUGACCCCUGUUGAAAAGAGUUCGUUGAAACAAAUCGGGAUCCCCGUUCCCUAAGGGCCCUCCCCAAAGAGAUGAUAUCACCUUCUAAAUGACAAUGUCGAACAUGUCUUCAUUUUAAAAGCACCGGGCAUUCCGCAGAACCAAACGAUUGAAAUACAUCGAUCUAUUUCAACGAACGACA